AUGCCAACACCAGCUCAGGCAGCAUCGUCCGUGCAGGUUGCAUCAUCAAUGCCAACAUCAGCUUCUAAAAAAUCGUGUGUGCAGGCUGCAUCGUUGAUGCCAACACCAGCUCAGGCAGCAUCGUCCGUGCAGGCUGCAUCGUCGAUGCCAACACCAGCUCAGGCAGCAUCGUCUGUGCAGGCUGCAUCGUCGAUGCCAACACCAGCUCCAACUGUAGUACCUGUUCAUGCCACUACCUCUGAGAAAUUCAGUUUUAUGCCUACUCCAACUUUAAGCCAUCAAACAAUGGCUGGCCCUCAAAGUAUAAACCUUCAAACAAUGGCUAGCCCUUCAAAUUUGGCAGAGGAGGAAGAUGUGGAUGCUGAUGAGGAUGAGGCGGUGGGUCAAGAAACUAUUACCCCUCUUGUGCCAACAAUAGAUGAGAAUGGGAAAGUUAUUAUAAAACCAUCUGGUACUGGGCUAGUUCCUGCCAAAGAAGUUGCUGGUGCCAUUAAUUAUGCGAUACGCAAACAAUUUUAUAAACCUAUACAUCAUUGGUCUGCACUCGAUCCUGAUACGAAAGCUGAUUGGUUUAAGUUGUUUGGAGAGAAGGUUUCGUGGGAUCCUUUCGAUCAUGCAUUUGUCUAUAGCGCAUUUGAAAAAAAAGGAAGAAAACGAUUAAACGACAUGUUGGGGAAGGCGAGGAGAAAAGGGACUCGACCUUCAUGGAUUGGUGAUGAUGCUUGGGUUGAACUUCAAACUUAUUGGAAAAAGACCGAGUUUUUGGCUGUGUCUUCUCAAAACAAGACCAAUCGAGCUUCCGCAAGAGGCGGAGCAGUCCACACCACAGGCCGUAAGGCUCAUAUUGAUGUUGCACUUCAACUUGUAAGUAAUAAAAUCCUAACAAAUUAUUAUUAUUAUGAAGAUUCUUUAUAUCUUGACAAUUUUACUCGGGAAACAUAUGAUUACACUAUGAACUUUGUGCUUCAUCUCAACAUGCUUGCAGAUUGCUGUUACGCAGUAUUCCUUACUUUUUCUAUUAUGCAGAAGACUUUUAAAGAGAAGUUUGAUGCAGAACUUCAGCCAACUGAAGAAGGGAAUGGAGAGGUUGUUCAAGUGUUAGAUGGAGAGCGUGUAAAUCAGCUAUGGACAGAGGAUGCUGGGGGCCGUAACCGUGGUCGGGUUUAUGGCGCUGCAGAUUUAGCUAUUAAUCUAAAACGUGGAUCAAAAAGUUUUACCCAACAAUCUCAAACUCCUCAACACUCUAUGUUUGGGAUGUCAUUAGAAGCUGAAAGAGCAGCUAGAAUUAGAGCUGAACAAAUUGCUGAGGCUGCAACGACCCAAUUACAAGAGGCUAACGAAGCAAUACGAGCUGCUACCGAGGCUGCAAAAGCUGCUACCGAGACUGCACAAAGGAUGGAGAGGGAGAUGAAUACUUGGAAGGAAUUUAUGAUGAAGAAAUUUGACACUUCAACUUUUGUAUCACAUUCUCAUCAUUAUGAUGACGAUUUGGAUGAUCAAUCAUUAGAUGAAGAUUGA